AUGGCAUUUAUAAAUCCAAAGAAGCGUUCGUCGUACAUCCUCACCACUGCCGGCACUUCAAUCGCAACCGAUGACAGCAACAUAGGACAGCAACUAUUAAAGAAAAUGGGCUGGACUCCAGCUACGGGGCUCGGCAAGGAUGGAACUGGUAUAGUAGAUCCUAUUAAGGUCUGUCGUUUGAGCACUUUUUGAAUUUUAUCCUAAUUUCUCAUACUCACUUAGCUGGAAGGGGUAGUUCCAGCCCAUAUGUUGGCCUCAAGUGUUAUCUCUUCUUCUAAUUGCAGCUUUAAAUUCUUCCAUUGCGUUAUUUUCUGCUAACUGUUUCGUUAAAAACCAAUUGCUCGUCAGGUGGUCUUCUCUGACCUUUAUACUCGAGUUUGUUUUUCUGAACGAGUCGCUAGGUGAAAUAAUCCAACAGCGUCACUAUGGUGUUCAGCUUGCCCUAUUCACAUGGGUCAGACAAAUGAACGCACUCAUAUCGCUAAUCCUAUUGAACUGUAUCAUUGAACUUAUCAAGGAGCUCUACUGUGCGUGAUCGAUCAAAAACAAAGUCACGAACUUCGCACUAAAACCCGUGUGGCGCACGAACUGCUAACUCCUCAUCCCCGAAAGGUUCACUCAAUUAAAUAAACGACCGAUCUUUAGAAGAAGGCAUAGUUUGGUUUAUAAAGCAUUACUUACUAGCUGGAAAUAAUUUCCUCUUCGGAAAUCAUCAAAUAAAAACUGCUUUAUGCUUGGUCAACUAUCAAAGGCCUAGUUUAGUUGAAAAAAGAGAUGAGAAGGGGGAUGAAAUGACAAAGUAAUGAAAAACAAUGACAAAUACAAUGUGCUAGUACUUCCUUGACUGUCCUUUUGCUUUUAAAACUGCUGUAAGUCGGAGGACAUAGAGACUACUAAGUUAUAUACAGCGUGUUAGUCUAUGCAAUUGUUAAGCGCAAAAUCCAAUUUUUGCUGCAUUAAACUUGUUCUCCUGCUUUGUCCUAGUUUCUUUUGAGCAACGCAAAGAGAUUUUCGAUAGAAUUGAGGUCAGGACUGUUGGCGGGAAAAAAGUAUGCUUCACAGGCCGAAGGCGGAAAAGCCGGUUGUGGUCUUAUAAUUAGAUUGUAGUCGUAAGCUAAAUUAGAAUCAUAAUCCCUCUAAGCGGUGAACAGUGACAUUAUCCUGUAACGUUACAGCGUUUCUUUCGCGCGUUGUUGAACACCUUGUUAUUGCUGGUCUCCGUUUUCGACUGUCAGACUGGUCGUUGUUCGAAUUUAAUGGCCAGUCAAGUCAUCGGGCGCCGACGGUUGAAAUUGUUUGUCGAUACAGUGUGUUCUCGCAUGAAGUUCUUCCAUACAUGAUCACCUGGGCCGACUUCGAAGGCUUGUCUAAGAACACGACCUCAUCACAAAAAUAAAUGCUCUUUCGGAAUGAAGGAAGGACUAUUGUCAAUAUAUUCUUGAGCAAAAAGCAAACGGUUUACAUAAAGUUUCCUACAUAACAAUGGCUUCGUCGUGGUGUUUUGCUGUCAUAGGCCGAAUACUUGCAUCCGUCUUCUAAUUACACACAAGGGAAACAUUGACAGAUGUCCCCCGUAAAUAGUUUUAAAGGGGAAUAUAAGGGUACUUUUAGUGUCCAACGUAUGGAACCGUCGUCUUAUUUGCUUGUGGACUGUUUUGGGCUACCUUGCCUAAUUCCAGCCAGUGUUCCGUUAUUAAUAGGUCUUCACAGAGUAACAUAGUUAAUUUUAAGAAUACUGGCUGGCGGCUCACACGGUAGCCCUUUAACUGCCUGUUUUCAUAUGCGCUCAUAAGAAACCCCCGACAUGAAUUGCUCCGAUAUCUUUAUCGCACGGCGUGACAGAGAAGUGAAAGCAUGUUGCGGAUGUUUACGCCUACUAACUCUCGGUGUGUUGAAACAAACUACAAUCAAACAAGUUCAUUACUGCAUUUUAUGACAUUGAAGGCACAGGUUUGCAAAAUACUUUUCGAAGCUUACUCCGCUAUCGGUUUCUUGAAGACAAUUCGAUCUCGCGUGCCUGAAUCCGCCAGAUUUUCAUGGACGUAAAGUCCUUAACUCCGUUUCUAGAAGGAAUUUACUGAAAAAUUUUCUUGCCCGUAUUAGUGUUUCUUUAUAGCACAAUACGCAAAAACAAGAAGCCCUAGCAUGUUUUACUGUAAAAAAACGUAAAAAAUUACCUAGACAUCUCGAUUUCAAUCCGAUUUCGCCUAAUCUUGACCUGUUUUUCAUUCCUAAAACACAUUUGAGAUGAAUUCUUAAGAAAAGGGCUUUCUGCGACUCAUUAGACGAAAGUAGACACCCUAGAUAUAUGCGACAUUCCCCACGCAAAUGCUGAUCAAGCUAUUUCAUGGGUUAGGUCGUCUACUGUGUGUAAUUCGGGUGUUGAGAUCGCUUCUGGUCUCCGGUUGACCAACCGUCAGCUCAAGCACCUUCCGCGUGAUCCUUGUGAACCAUAUUGGUGAAAGGACCAAUCAGCAAUGGCCGCAAAGCUGGCCGUUGGCGCACGCAGUUACCCACUCAACCUCAACUAUCGCGAAGCCUUCGCGCACCUACAGGAAGGCUGGCAUGAUCUUGCAGCGUGUGCGCAUGAAUAAAGCCUCAUGUAGUUCCAUUAAAGCACACUGAUACCGGAUGAUCUGUUCGUUUGAGAUUUCGUAGAUCCCAAGCAAGUUGCCCGUGUUGUUCUUGCAUUCCUUCCUUUCUACCUCCAUUGACUGUUUGAGUUCACCCGCGAAUGCUACCCUACACAGAAGGUUGCUCAGUUUAAUACUUUUAGGAAGACGUUUCCCACCAUUGACUUACUGUCAGACACUGUUCUCAUUGGUAGCAUGGUGAACGACCUCCGUCUUCCCUGCUUCUUGCCUCUUUCCUUAGUCCUCUUGCAAUUAUGGCAGAAAGGGUCUCGGCAAGGGUGCGAUGGAGUCCGACACCGGUAUGGUACAACAACUGGCCUUCUCCGAGAUUCUCAAGUCGCUGAGUAAGCACAAACCGCAGGCUUCCAGCACGAAGACGAGUCUGGAGGAUAAGUCGAAAAACAGUCGAUCCCGGGUGCACUAUGGCAAAUUUGUUCGCGCCAAAGACGUCUCUCAGUACUCCAAGGAGUCCCUAAAGGUAGUUCUUGGCGCACCGCUCAGUGCUCCUGAUACGCCUAGGCAGUCGGUAGAUGAUAUGGCUGUUCCCACCACCGGUACAGUGCAGGAUCCCGGCACCGUCCACCAGGAUUUCGGCAUUAAGACCUACUCCAGCGCACUAGACCUGAAGGACUACUUUGCAAUGAAGAGGCGACGGAAGGCUGAGGGAAGUACUUUGGACUCCGACCGGGUGCCUAAACGACGAGAACUCUCGCCUAGUGCGCUUGCAGAUGCUCCUGUCUGCUUCUCACUUGGUUCCCAUUCCGAGGAGGAGACAGAGCCCAACCCUGGCGUUGGUAAGUUGACAGUUCUCUAAAGUAGCACAGUCUUGAAAGCCUUUUUAGGGGGUUUACAUCGAAACAUACCUCAGAGCUAGGGAGUGGACGCGCCCUUUUGUUGUGAUCUAGUUCAGUUUUCCAGUGGAUAUAGCUCCCCAAUCAUCCUACUACAGUGAAACACAGUUAAAAUUUUCAGUUUAAAUGAAGAUGCGCACAAACAAACGACAUAGUUGAACCGCUUACGUAAAUAAAUCGGGUCUUGAUUUUCACAUUUCCUUGUCGUGGUACUUAAGAAAACAGGUUAGCCAAAAAGUAAUGCUUGCGAUGCGCUUAAAUCCGGUAGGGGGUACAGCGGAAACUGUGUUUGUUCGGACAAAAAGACUUGGCCGUCACAAUGGAGCAGAUGCUCCCCCCACCAUGGAUGAAUUGGAUUAGUGAGCUGCCCGACUGUCGAAGUCUGUCAUGAAAGUGUGGCAUCGGCUAGAAGACCGUAAAACCAAAGGCGGUUGUCUUCGCCAUGAGAGAGUUUAUUUUAAUGCCAGCGUCAGCUGUCCGUGAACCUAAUUGGAACACCGCGGACUGCUGUUCUACCAAAGAGCCGGCCAACACCGUUACGUCUCGAACCGACCAUGACCACCGAGGUGGUCUGCCAGUGUGUGUUGAAGAACUUAAUCUGUUGAUUAGCGGAACGGAGUUGGCGAGCGAACGCAGCGCUGACGGGCGCCGGAGGUCUUUGUCCACUGAUCGUAGACAGAAAUUAAAGAAAGUAAUUUCGGUGAAAUUCGGUCGUGAAAUCCUCCUUUCAUAGGUGCCGUGCCUGACACGGACUCCAUCGCCACACCUUGGCUGUCUCUGGUCCUUGAUGCGGACAAAUUGUGGAAACGGUCUGUAUCCAGGAUCCGGUACAGCCUCCUCGUGUCCCGAUCCACUGGGGUGGUGUCGAUAUCUAGGACAAUUUUACUCUAUAAUUCCUAGUGGUCGUGCCAUUCAGAGCUUGUGAUCUCGCAUAGCAGGCACUUCAAGUCUGAACCUGUACGAAGCAGUCCUUUCGUUAUUAAUCACGUAGUUUCACAAGAGACUCAACCCUCACUACAACUCUCAGCAGGUCUAUUUGGUUCAGGGGGACAAAGCGGCGGGGGACAGACAGAAGCCAUAUCAGUCGCAAGCCGUGUCUUCGAAAAAACGUAUUCUGUGCCGUAGUCCGCACCUCGAAUUGUGUAGGAAUUGAUUACUGGACUGUCCCAGCGCCCUUAGACAAGUAUUCAGGCGAUGUGACUUUUCGUGUGGCAACCAUUUGAGUAUCAGACAACAAGAUAUCUGCAAGGGUGUUGGAAACAUGUACUUGUAACGAUCAGGCGAUUUACCACCAAAAUUGACAAGCGACGGCUUCCCACUGCACCCGUCAUGGCAUUCCUACCGGUCACGGCGACAAUCAGGUCGAACGGAAACACGCCUGGCGACAGCCUGUAAGUUUGCUUCCUCUCUAUCAUCAGCACCCCGAUCUGGGGCGUACACUGCAACAGCUGUAACGUUGCAGACACCUCCACGAAGUCGUACAAGCGCAAUCCUGGGUGACACCGGUUCAAGGCGCACAAGUGACGCCCACCGCGCCCGUCACGUGGAUUGGCUGUGUCGAUGGCUGAUGCGCAUUAGACAUUGCGAAUCGGGUGGCUGAUCCACCCCUAAAAUGGACCCGUCUUAAUCCAAUUAACUAUUCCGAGCAAUCUGGCUACGUCUCGAACGGGCGUAAGUCUUGAUCUGUGGCAUUACUGGCCGAGGGGCGCAUUGGACAGGACAAAGCAAACUGCUAUGCACUAUGUUUGGCCGCCCACCCCUGUUUCACUGUGCUGGGCAGUCCAGGUGCCUCCUAAAUUCCCCAAAUGACUUAAUCUUCUGUCCUGCUCUAUUUUCUUCUCUUCGAACUAAACGCAUGACGACUGAAUGUUUUAGGCAGUCCUGAGAGGUCAAGGGACAUUAGCGAUGGAUCUGGCUCUGACGAGGAGGGGCCAACAGAAGUCGCACCCGUGCUGUCUGAGGCCCGCCAAGGUAAGAAUUAACGUUUGUUGUCACAUCCUUUCCAACUAUUCUGUCGCCUUUGCGUCCUCCAACUUGAACCUUCUGACAAGAUAUGGGUACUAUUAUGGAAUACAGCUUUUUGACUGAACACUCCCACCCCUCUAUUUUCCCGCAUCCUUCUCAUCCCAGCACUGUGUACUCUCUACACAAGCGUCACUUGGUCGGACUACUCGGGUGCGGGACUCCUUAUUAUCGACCUAAGCCAACCUUGUAUCAAUGCUUGACUUGCUUGCAUGUCUCUGCGAAAUGGCGCCUCUUUUCGUGAGGUGAUCCUGACGGCGCCUAACAGUUGCGAUACCUUGGUGCAGACUCGAUAUCUGACUGACAACUGUAGGUCAUCUUCGGUGCGUUUUAGGUUCUUCGCAUCUGGGGCAGGGUGUCCAUCGCACCGGCCCGUGUCAUCUUCUACUUCAUUGUUGACUGAAUAUCGGGGCGAAUAAAGGUGGACCUAAACGCCAGCGUUCUAAGUUGCCUACUAUCGGCUGAGUUCCCUUCCUCCGACGCAGUCUGCAGACGGUGAUCUAUCAUUGCCGCCGAGGGGUGUUGUUGACGAAGAUGAUGCGGACAGAACAAUGGUUCUUCUCACUUAUUUACCGCCGUUGGCCGGUGAAUGCGGGCAGGCUCAGACACAAUAGCGAGUUCUGUCCAGAAAAACCAACCAUGUUAGUGUCACGGAGCGCGUACAGGGCUGUCACUGUCAAUCUCUAUCACGCACCAUAGCAUGCAGGCUGUGGCUAGGUAUACCGCGCCAGUCUGAGUGAGCAUAUAUUCCAGAUCACGUGUGCGCUCAGCGAGGAACCAUGUUUGCGCGUCCCUGCGAAACGAUUUGGAGGUUUGCACCCGUCCCGGAUUGGCGGUCUAUUAAGGUCUUGCUUGUAACGGCAUGAGAAUGCCCAAUUUAGAAUGUUCCUCACUCGUCAUGUACAGCUUCUUCCACUUACUGUCCCUCUUAUCAUUUUGCCCACAUAGUUUGUGCAUUUGUCUUUGCCCAUCUUGCUGACAAAUGUCCCAAUGGCGUAGGAAGUAUGCUUACCCUUUAUUGUAACGCAAUGCCGCCUCUACUGAGACGGAAGUGACUGACUGGUGAAGAGGGAAAUUAGAGCCGAAUCCCGACGUCACAAACAAACGAAUCAAUAAUGCAUUGGGUCUUUAUGUUUGUUUUACUGUUCGUAAUGCAGUCGUGGCUAGGAAGGCUGCCGACUGCCCAAUUGUGUUUGCUUGUGUGGAGUGGCGGACUGAUGGGCUGAGGGCAAAGCUGUCGCGGCUCCUCCAAAUGACCUCUGACACACUCACGCAUGUGAGGAUUGUGUGUGCGUGUAUGUCGGUAGUACCCCGCGGUCGAAGACUGACCGGUUGAAGGAUGAUGACCAAGGCUAAAUGCAGGGCUGCGUCUCAUCCUUCCAGUCCUUAUGGAUUGCAUGCGUCUCCUAUGCCAUUAUUCAGCAAACCAUGACCCUCGCAGCCUGAUGUGCGCUGGCAGUUCUCCGGCACCUGGUCUCCUGCCGGUAGAUGCGCUUGCCCCCCCCCCCCCCCCCCCCCCCAGUCAUCAUGCACGUCCCUCUGACCCUUGUUGGGGUGUUGUUGCGGUGCUGCUCUUGUGUGUUAAAAUUCUGGUCAAAUGUUUGUUGGGGACCAGGGGGUGUGGUGGUACGCCUAAGUACGGGUCCGGCCGUGUUGGCCACCUCCGUCCUCUCCCGCCUCCGGUCUUUUUGAUUCUGUCUUGACACGGGGUUCAGGUGGGGAGCAGGAGAGAGUGCGACAUGCGUUGCGCAAAUCCACUCCCACAAUAAAAUAUUUUACGCCCCAACUUUGCUGCGGAGCACACGGUGGACAUCGUCGGGCACGACGGUCGAACUGUCACAAUGCAAAGGCUGCCCCAAUUGGCCGAUCGGUACAAUCUGUCGGUUUCGGAUGUUGAUGUAACCAGUUUGGGCCUCAGAUUCAGUGACCUAGAACCUCGUGACGGGAAGAAUCUAAGGCUUAUUUAUGGUCAAUACUACUAAUGUCGAAGGAGUCAGUCCACCUUCCUUGCAUAAAAGUGUUCACUCAUUGACUUCCACAUGGAGCUGCCACCACUGCGUCAGAUGCGCAUGACUGCGCUCAACCAGAAUCAAAUGAGAUUCCAGCGGCAUAAGUGAGCCCACAGAUCCUGCUUCCCGUCCUCUACGUGUAGUCAUCGCUCGCGUCACGGAUCAACCGCGACCUGGCCAGGUAUUAUAGGCAAACUUGUGGGAUCUUCAUGCACUUUCCUCAAUCCCGACGUCCAUUUCUGAUCAGCGCAAGCCAGUGGCUGUGGCUAGACAGGAUGUUAAGCAGCCUACUGAUCGAUGUGUGUGAGCAGGGGCGGAGACAUUCACAGUCGCAUAGGAAUGCGCUUACCUGUCACCGCGCUGAAUACGGGGAUUCUUCACUUGCCGAGAAAUAACUUGCAAAUGGUCGUUAUAUGGCGGGUUGAUGAGUUACGCAGUCAGUCGUCGCGGAAGACAACACAAGCGCAUGCCGCCGAGCACUGAUAGUAGUCCGUUGACGGUGAGUUGGAUGGCGACGACAGAAAGUUUUGACACGUUGAAGUCCCAUGUUUGGAGGCAUUUUGUCUCCCACGGGACUCGGCGGUUCUCUUCGCUUUGCACCGGGUUCCUCUAGUGCACUGGGAUUUGUCAGACGCAACGACUUUGGUCGGUGGAAGUGACGUUUCGAUUAGCAAAUCCAGCUACUGGUUUAUUUUGUGUAUAACUUCCGGCUCCCGCGUCCAAUCAUCCCUGUCGUGUAGAUUGGCGAUCCCGCUGCCUGCCGUACAUUGGUGGUAGAUCCACCUCUCCGAGCCGUCUCGCUGCGUUCUCUUGUGGGAUGGGGCUCACGAACGGUCGUUGAUCUUGGCCUGUGGCAUUCCUGACUAAAUGGACUGCUGUCCCGGUGCCCACUUCCCUCUGACCCUUCAUCUCUGAUCCUCGCCUGUUUCACCGUGCUGGACAGCUUUCGUCCCCCGCGUUGUCUAGAUUCUCCCACUGACCUUAACUCCUACCUUGCCUUGCUUUCUUGUCUCCGAACUAAACGCGUGGCGGCUGAAUGUUUUAGGCAGUCCCAAGAAUUCAAAGGCUGUGAGUGACGAAUCGGAGAGCAGCUCAGACGAGGAGGGGCCGGAAGAGGCUGUACCUACGCAGAGUAACGUUUGCAAAGGUAAGACUCCGUUUUUGUUGACCUCUUCCUCUAGAAGCCUCCGCCGCCUUUGCGUCCUCCAACUUAAGCCUUCUGCCAGGUUAUCGGUAUUAUUAA